AUGCCACCACGAGCCGGUUCGUCAUUUUCGCCAUUGGCCGUCGGAGCCAAGUGGUGCGACGCCCACGCGAGCAAAGCUGCUAGGACUCUGCCAGCUGCGCAAGCAGCCUGUCAAUUCUCCACGACCGCACGUCAAUCCAGAAGGACAAGAUUACAGCAUGAUCUUCACCGGUGGCUGAGAAAUCGCGGCGCCGACUUCCGCGACGCUCCCCGAAAUGGCCCAAAAUACGUGGGCACUGCCCCUGACCAGCCUUUUCCUCUGAACCCUCUUUUCAGAAGUCAAGCCGUGUUGAGCGAAGAAAUGAGGGAAGAGAUCUACACGCGGAUCAAGACUGAGAAGCAUUCGAUGAAGUCGGUUUCGGCUGAUCUCGGUGUGGAUGUUCGACGAGUCGCUGCAGUCGUACGGAUGAUGGAGAUUCAGAAAGAAUGGGAAGCCGAGCGUAAGCCUCUGGCAAAACCCUACGCCAAGGCCGUUCUGGGCAUGCUUCCCAAGACGGAACUCCACAAGCAAAGGCCACAUGCACAAGUGCCGCAUGAGCCCAUCAACGAGAUCCACGUACACAAGCUCACAAUGCAGCAAUUGUUUGUACCUGUGUCGGAAUCUCGACAUUUCACUAGAGAGGAUGCCGCCAAGGCCUUUCAUAGAAACAUGCUUUCUGCUGAUGAGCGCUCGCCCCUCAAGGAGCUUAUCAAACUAAGGAAAGAUGUUGCUGCCGGCGUCUCACCACAUGAGGCGACACAAAAGUUUAGGGCAACAACGCGAGCUGAAGAGGACAAGCUGAUUGCCAAAGAGAAGCUGCGCCUGCGGAGGGACGAAGAAGAUACGACCCGCGUGGAUACGGGGCGCUUCGAGUUCAGGUUUAAGGAGAUGAACGCCGAAGAUGCCGGCAGGGACGGCCGUGGCAGAAACGCCGUCGGUUGGAGAUACGGCGUGCCCUUCUACGACCGCAAGAAGGGUGAGUUCAAGCUGCCUACUUCGGUGCCUUGA